CCAAGCUAACACGCUUACGGAGACUUGAAUACUACCUGGUGUCCCAAACGAGUGAUGUACUAGUUUUUAUAGGUGUUUUCGUGAAUAUACAUAUUUCCCUGAUGUAAUAGUUGAUUUUCGCAACUAUCAGUGAAAAAAACGUGCGUGGAACAAAAUUGGAUUAUUGAAAACUUUAAAAUAUAUGUCCGGCUAACCGGUUUAUCAUUCCUCACAAAGGUGAUUGUGAGUGUUUGUGGGUAAUCUAAUUUAUUUGAACCAGUGAAAUAUAAAAGCAAAAAGAGACAUUUUUUAUCGCAAACGAUGGCAAUCCAGUGCAUUUUCGGGACAAAGUUUCGAGUAUCUAUGACUUUUAUAGUAAUAACGUGCCUGUGCUUGGAGCAUGUGAAAGGAUCCUGUCUCAGCUACGGACAUUCAUGCUGGGGAGCUCACGGCAAACGUGCUGGGCCACCUCGGCGGGCAGCCUCAUCUGACAUCGGAGAUGGCCUACCGUUUCGACCGCAUCAACCGCCAGAACUGCCCAUCAACUUACCGGUCGCCCUUACCCCUGCUGCACGAUGGGCCUUGGUCAGGAUGAUUCCAGAUAAAAACACAUAUUAUCCAUUUAACAAACUAAUACCAUUGAUGGAUGAGCAGUUUCUCUUUGGUAAUGAUUUAGUCACGGGUGAAUCGGAUUCACCCCCAGCCUCCUCGGAUAUACAUAGUAGUGGAGCGCUGAGGUCAUCAGAUGCCAGCAAUGAGUCUAAACCACCACUAACAUCGACCGAAAUGGAACAUUCACUAGAUGAUGCGUUCACAGUUCCAACCAAGCUGGUAUCUUCAACCAACAACGGUCACCGACGGGAACAUCGCCGCAAAAAAAAGCCACUAUCCGUCCCGACCAACCUUAGCCGCUACGGGAUAAUCGACGACAAGUCAGAGGAUGCGGGUAACAUUGACCGUAUACUAACAGCAAGCGACGAGGACAUUGGACAGCUACUUUUCGAUGCGACAGCGGCUGCUGUGGCGGUUGUACCGGACAGUGAUGCUGCCGGACAACCGUUCACUCACAAGCUAUUUAGCGCCCCCAACUCUGGGGCGCCAUAUAGUACUUAGGCCAUUGAUAAGAAAAUUUAAAUUUAUGGAUCUCCAGUCUUUGCACUGCAAACAAACGAACUCAAAAUUCCAAAGCUAUGUGUUUGAUCUCCCGAUGUCUGGGUUUGGUGAUGGACAAUAGCCUUCUUACGCUCACAGUUUUCGGCAUUUCUCUUUCAUUUUUAUGAUUUUUUACACCUUCUAACAUCAACAUUAACGGAAUGAUUACUGUUCGUGUCCCCGAAGGCAAAGGAACAUCAUGCCCGGUUAAGAUUAAAAGUAUCCAGCUGAAUGAGCCCGGAUUACGCGACAGCCGUUAUCUGAUACCAGCAGUAAAUUUAUAGCUGUUUCCUAACUAUCUCGCAGUGUUCAAGACGAGCAUGGAUUUAAAAGAAAUGGAUGGAUUUAAAAGAUGGAAAUGACGAUCUAUCAGCAAGAGAAUGAACAUUGACAAGACAUCUUGAACAUAUUGACAAGACAUCUUUGGCAAUUUUCAUUAACGGCUGGUUUGGUGAUAGAUAUGAAUUUCGAAAAACUCAUCUACCAGACGGGGGAAGAACUUUAUUGUUUUAGUAGGAAACGCAACCGUCAAUAUAGAUAAUUGGUAUUCUGUGCUAAAUAGUGGACAUCUCGUGCAUAAUACGGAUAAAUUGGGAAUAAAUAGGACAAAAACGAAUCCUCGGUACUCAAAUUGUAAAUAGAUAUAAGGAAAGGAAAGAAAUAUGAAUGUAAAAUAAAUC